AUGCAGUACCACCACCGCAGCCGCCUGCCGCCGCCUCCUCCACCGCCGUUUGGCCGCGGUAGUGGUGCCGUGUACCCCGGCGGCCACAAGCAGCUGUACGCUCCUCAAACUCCUCCUCGGCCCCCGCUUCUUGCGCCGCCGCAUCGCAGAUACGAGGUGCUCAUGGAGGCCGGCCGCCUGGCGGCCGAGUACCUGGUAUCCACGGGCGUGCUCCCGCCGUCCUCCCUACAGCGCGGCGGCGGCGACCCGUGGGCUGUUCCUCCUCCUCCACUGCCUCAACCGCCGCAGGAACCCCCCGCAUUCUAUGACUGGAGGAGGUACGAUGAUGUAUAUAGCAAUAACCCUGGCACCCGGCCUAGGUGGAACAGUAGCAUUACUAGUUGUUGUACUAAUAGAGAUGAUUACAGUAAUGGUGGUAGCUACAAUGGGAGAUGGAAGAGAAAGUAUGGGGAGUACAGAAUGGGGUAUCCAGAUCGUGGAAGGGAGAGGGAGAAGGAGAGAGUAAGGUUGAAUUCGAAUGGUCGACGCUAUGAGGAAGAUAAGGACGAGGAUGGUGCUCCUGGAUUUCAGAGGGAUCCGCGGUCCAGUGGGGAGAAUGACGAGUCUAGGAGAUGUGUGACGGAUGAGGUGAAAGAGGCGGCACCUUUCAUGGAGAAGGCUGUAGGUCAGUUGGAGAUGAAGGAUACCAGAUUGAAUGCUGAUGUUAGGAAGAAUGCUGAUGCUCUGCAGGAGUUGCAGGCUGAGAAUGAAGGUGAGAUGAAAGAGAAUAAAAUACUGAGUUCAGAAUUAGAGAUGGACCCUAACGGUGAUGUCAAUAACACUUCUAUUGUAGUUGUUAUGGAGGCAGAUGCGAAGCUUUUGCCAGAUGGUAAGGUUGUGGGUGAGGAAGCUGAAGAUAACAACAAAGUUUUGUGUGACCGUAUUGCCUUGAAUGAUGACAUGGAAAUUUUGGAAAAUGGUUUGCAUGUCGACAGGAGGAGUUUGCUUAAACGCUGUGACUUUGCAAAAGCUCCAACGAAGCCCAGGUCAUGCCAUGCACAUAGAAAGUCAGUAACUGAAACAGUCGAUCUAGUUUCUUCUAGAGAAGGUUCGAAGAUGGUAGCUGAUGAAGCAGCAAAUGAGAGAUCUUUGACUAACAUCCAGCCAGAUAACAGAGAAGAUCAAAUCUACCAAGAAAGUACUGUCUCUAAGACAGCUUACAAAGAAAUAACAAUGGAACCUAUGCUUCUCCAAGAAAACAAAACAUUAGUCGUUACUGAAAAUAUGAAAGAAUACAGGAACGAUGCACAACUCCAUGUAGUCCAGGAAUACAAGGAAGAACAAGAUGUAUCAUCUUUGACAAUUUCUCAGAAGGAUAACUUGAUGCAAGAAAAUGACUUAUCUCCAUUGUCGGCUUCUCGCAAGGGUGGCUUGAUGCAAGAAACCAACCUAUCUACGUUGACAGGAACGCAGGAGGAUAUCAUGAUCGAAGAUGCCAACCUAUCUCCAUUGCCAGAUGCUCACAAUGAUGGCUUGAUUGCAGAAACCAACCUAUCUCCAAUGGCAGAUGCACACAAUGAUAGCUUGAUUGAAGAAUCUGAUCAAUCUCCAUCGACAGCUUCUCACGAAGUUACCUUGAUGCAAGAAACUGACAUAACUCAGUCAUUAUCUUUACAUAAAAAUAACUUAAAUCUGCAAUUUAAGGAAGGAGCCCAGAUUUGUGAUACUGAAAUUGUGCCAAAAGAAGUGGGCUUGUUUGAGUUUUCUGAUCAGAAGAACAUUGUUGGUGUUGAUUUGUUUUGUAAUGCCGGGGCUGAAACUAUCAUCCAAAUGGAAGAAGAAGAAAAGCUGGAUCAAUCCAGCUCAUUCAGAAUACCUAAUAAUCCUGGCUUUGGCCAACACUCUGCACCAGGAUAUUCAGUGGAGCCACAUAAACAACUGCAAGAAGAUUUUGGAGCAAAUGUGGGAGACAUUGUCGGUGGUACAAAUAAUUUGUGCCAAGUUUCAUUAGACAAUAACUCUGUCCAAGUAUUUGAUAUAGAAGAUGACAUGCCAAUUGAAGGUGCUGGCUUUGAUUCUUCAAAAGCAAAGAACGCGAUGAUAUGCUCUAGCAUGGAUGUCAUAAUGCACCCUAGCAUACAUACUGAUGAUCUUCCUGUAAUUGAAGAUGGUUACAAUCUUACACUUUCUGAUUAUCUAGUGGCUGAUAUACCAUGCUACACAUCAUUGCGACCUGAUCUUCAAGCUGGUAUAUGUACCAAUGAUUCUGAGGCAUCCCUGUCAUGGAUGAUCCAAUAUAUGGGUCUCUCACUGAUAUUGGUUUCAUGGAUGUUUGGAGCCAGCCAGCUGAGGACUUCGAGAAAUUCUUCUAAUCCGCUGCCAAAACCGGGAAUUGUUCAAAAACGUGACAAAAAUAACAUGUGUAGCAUAGCGUAG